AUGGUGAAGACAGGCAGAAGCGUUAUCUGGUCGGGCAAUCCAUCAAUUGUCGGAUCAGAUCCCGUCUUAAAGCUCCUGGAUACCGGAAACCUGGUUGUAGUAGACUCGAAAAAGCAAGAUUACAUAUGGCAGAGCUUUGACUACCCAACUGAUAACUGGCUGCCAGGAAUCAAGUUGGUGGAUGAUAGUGAUGGUGGUGUGGAGACGUAUUUGAGGUCGUGGAGAACUUCCGAGGAUCCUUCGCCUGGAGAGUUUGUUUACAGGAUUGAAAACCAGGGCUUGCCUCAGUUGGUGGUGUACAGACAGACCAAGAAGAUGUUUCGAACAGGAAGCUGGAACGGGCUUGGUUUCAGUGGGCUUCUUCUCUUACCAAAUGGCUCUAUCACAAGCUUUUCUUUCAGAGAUGAGAGGUUGAUAUCUAUAUCAAGGCCGGUCACCAGCUCAAUUUUCUCAAGAACAACACUCGAUCCAUCGGGUUUGCUACAGAGAUACAACAUGAAUGCAAGACACCAAGAAACCGCAGAUGUGGCAGGGUUCGCUCCCAAGUCGCAGAAUGAUUGGGACAUUCAAGAUUGGUCGGGCGGAUGCACUAGAACGAAUUGCCCGAAUGGAGAUGAUGGCUCUCUAGAAGUUAAAAGGGUUAAAUACCCUGAUAUGUUGAGGACUUGGUUGAAUACCAGCAUGAGCCUCGAAGAAUGCAAAGCCGAGUGCUUGAAAAACUGCAGCUGCACUGCUUGUGCUAAUUCCUAUAUUACUAAUGGAGGCAGUGGCUGUGUGAUGUGGUUCGGGGAUCUCAUUGAUAUCAGAGAAUUUCCUGAAGCAGACGAUUACCAAAACACCUAUGUUCUGCCACCAAACGGAGAGGAAGAGACGAAAGAGGGAAAAAAGAGUGGUGCAGAAAAGCUUGUAGUAAUAUUUGUAGCUGCUUUUGGAGUUGUAAUUCUUGCACUUUUAGGUGGGGGUGUGCUUUUUAUCGUCAGACGGAGAAGAGAAGCAUCAAAAAGUAACGACGAAGAUAUAGAACUGAAAAUAUUCAAGCUGGAAACUAUUGUGGCUGCAACAAACAACUUCUCUUCGGAAAACAUGGUCGGAGAAGGAGGUUUUGGCCCUGUAUACAAGGGGAGUUUGUCUGCAGAAGGAGAAAUAGCUGUCAAGAGAUUGUCGCGAACUUCACAACAAGGUGUUGAAGAGUUCAAGAAUGAAGUCAUCUUGAUCUCUAAACAUCAACAUAGAAACCUCGUCAGGCUUUUGGGAUGCUGCAUUUGUGGAGAAGAAAGAAUGCUGAUUUACGAAUACCUGGAGAAUAAAAGCCUGGAUCAUUUCCUUUUUGAUCAAAACCGAAGGAAGCUUGUGACGUGGGCUAUGCGUUUCGACAUAAUCAUGGGGAUUGCAAGGGGACUGCUAUACCUCCACCAGGACUCCAGACUAAUGAUUAUACACCGAGAUCUCAAAACAAGCAACAUCCUUCUGGACAAAGAUCCGAAAGCGAAAAUUUCAGAUUUUGGUUUAGCAAGAAUUUUGGGAGAGGAACAAACUAUUGCUAGAACAAGACGAGUUGUUGGGACAUACGGCUAUAUGGCUCCAGAAUACGCGGUUUAUGGGAAGUAUUCGGUGAAAUCUGAUGUGUUUGCACUGGGAGUGAUAUUGUUAGAGAUUGUGAGCGGAAGGAAGAACCGAGGCUAUGACCAAAUUGACGACCACCAUAGCCUUUCGGGACAUGCAUGGUUCCUGUGGAGAGAGGACAGAAUCCGGGAGCUAAUGGAUGAAUGUUUGAGCAAUACUUUCAUCGAAUCUCAAGUGAAGAGAUGCAUACAUGUCGGACUAUUAUGCGUUAAAAAAUUUGCAGAGGAUAGAUAG